AGUUGCAGUUGAUGAAUUCAUCUACGGAUAAAAGUGUACACCAACAACAACGAUUCACUGUAACAACGUUUGGUUCAAAUAUCAUGUCAAACAAUUUUACCAAACAAUUUGCAACUUAUUGGAAUCCAUCCACUGAAAUACGCUAUGAAAAUUGGCUGGAAACCCAAAGGAAACAAUUUCAUACCCAAAAAGAGUACGAUCAUUGUUAGUAUUUAUGA